AUGUACCAUCCGUCGGAGAUGUUCCCCCAGUUCGGGGGGUCCUACCCGCUGCGCCCCGCUCCCCAUGGGGGGGCUGUCGGCUGGCUUCCCCCAGGGGCAGGUGGCCAGUACGAAGGUUUCCGCUACCCAGAUCUCGACGGCGUCUCAGCCGCCAAGUUCGAGCCCUUCUGCCCCCCAUUGGACCGAGCUGGGCGGCUCCUGGGCCCCUCCCCCGCGGGCCCCCCGCUGCCCCUGCCUGCCCCACCCCUGUCCUACGGGGGCGGGCAGCAGCUGCCCCCGGCCGAGCCCCCCCGGCUACCCCCCAGCGUGCGGAUGAGCCUGGAGAACCGGGAGCUGUGGAAGCGGUUCUGCGGUGGCACCGAGAUGAUCAUCACCAAGUCGGGCAGGCGGAUGUUCCCCCAGCUGAAGGUCUCGGUGACAGGGCUGGACCCUGAGGCGAAGUAUCUGCUCCUGGUGGACAUGGUGCCGGCAGGGGCCUCGCGCUACAAGUGGCAGGGCCAGCGCUGGGAGGCCAGUGGCAAGGCCGAGCUGCCCCCCCCUGACCGGGUCUACAUCCAUCCUGAUUCCCCAGCCUCGGGCGCCCACUGGAUGCGCCAGCCUGUGUCCUUCCAUCGUCUCAAGCUGACCAAUAACACACUGGACCCCCAUGGCCAUCUGAUCCUGCACUCCAUGCACCGCUACCAGCCCCGUGUGCACGUGGUGGGAGCAGGGGGGCCGGGGGGACGUGGGGGGGGCUGCGCCUCCUUCACCUUCCCUGAGACGGCCUUCCUCACCGUCACCGCCUACCAGAGCCCCAAGAUCACCCAGAUGAAGAUUGAGAGUAACCCCUUCGCCAAAGGCUUCCGGGAGAACGGCAUGAACAGCAAGAGGGAGCGAGAUGCCCGGAUCAAGAGGAAGAUGAGGGGCAAUGUGGCCGAACCUACCAGGAAUGAGGCUGAUUGCAAGCGAGGUCCCUGUGACUCCACACAGGGCCCCCCCCCAGAGCCACCGGCCCCCCCUGACUGCUCCUUCCACCCCAUCUCCUCCUCCUACCCUUCUGGUGGGAGUGAGGAGCUGGGGUGCCCUCUAGGGGGAGUGAACCCCAGUGCCGAGGCGUACGUCCAGCAUCCAGCCGCCUUCCACGGCCUGCAGCCUCCCCAGGGGCCUGCUGGCUAUGCCAGGUGAGAGCACAGACCAUGCUGGGCAUCAGAGGUCAUGGGGGCAGGGGAGGACUUCUGACCUACACCCAUUAGGUGGGGGA